UUCUUUGAUAAAUAUUACUGAUGAAUUGUAUACUAAAACUAUUUCAUCUGUUAUAAGUUCUAUAUUGGUUAAUGUUGGCUUUACUAAAUGUGAGCCAAAAGUGUUAUCCAUAUUUAAUGAAAUGUUGCAAUCUUUGUUGAUUGAAACUGGUAGGUUGUCAAGGAAUUUUGCUGAACAUGCAUGUAGAACAAAACCUGUAUUCGCUGAUGUCUUAUUGGCCUUAGUAGAAAUGGGCAUUGAUGUUAUGGGAAUACCAGAGUUUACAUUAAAGGAAGGAAAUAAGAUUGUUCUUCCACCUUUACAACAUCAAAAUAAGCCAGCAGACUUAAAAACUCUAAAGAGUGGACCUAGAGAACACUUUUCAUAUAUCCCUGAAUAUUUUCCUGAGUUACCCGAUAAGAGAACCUAUAUAAAUACUCCUGUGAAUAAUUCUGAAAAUGCCGAUGACGAAACUGAGGUUUCCAGGGAACGUGCUAUUUCUGAAAAACGAGACAUCGAAAAGGCAUAUACCAGAUUCCUAGCAAAAAUUGGCCCAUCCUUCUCUUUGUUCGAGGAUGAUCAUAGUGACAAAUUUUUAAUAAUGGAUGACAAAUCGCUCCUCUCGGUUAACAGGAUACCAGCUUAUGUUCCAGCACUUUUAGGAAAAUAUUCUUAUGGAAUCUUUGAAGAUGUAGAGCAAUCAGGUGAAAAUGGGGAUAUAGCGACUAGUUCACUCUUUAGCUUAUCUACCAACUUGAAUACCGCCAAAUCGAUCGACAAGAAAAAGAAGAAAGUGGCAUUUACUAGCACUCCUUUCGAAGAAUCGUAUCUCUAUCCUAAAAACAUUUCGCUUCCCGGUGACGUUGUUAAUUCCUUACAAGAAUGUACUGAUAGCCCCUCAGCAUCGAACAACAUCAAAACUGAGGAAAUCACCUUACAUAAGGGCGAUAAUAAUGAAAGCUUCACGAAUAGCCAUAAUAUCGAAGCUAAUAAUAACGAAAUCGACUUGGAUAUAGAUAUGAGCUCUCACGUCAGAAGAGUUGGGGUAGAUGCGAAUAGCGUGGAAUCGCUCAUGGAAGACAAUCCCUACGUUAGGUUCUACGAAAAACACAAAAAGGCUUAUGUGCCUUCGUAAAUAUUUCCCUAUUAUACUUUCUUUUUACAUACAAAAGUUUUGUUUCAUGUAUAAGGACUCUUAAAAUAUUUUAUCUAAAUUAUUUAUAUUUGUUUAUAUUAUAAUUAAUAUUUAUUAAUAAAAAUAUACAUUUUAAUUAUAAAAAUAUAACGCGAUUUUUAUAUUAUUGUCUUUAUAUAAUAUAGAAUAUCAGAGAUGUCACAUAAUUUUAUGUAGUAUUUAUUUAGGGGGACUUAAAGGCUAACUGUACAUUUUUUUAGUAAUUUUACAUUUAUUAAUUUUUUUAAAGGUGAUUUGAUAAUUAAGCACCCCGCCGCCAGUCCCUUCUGAUGCUAAUGUGGCAUAUGCGCGAUUCAAUAAAUAUUUUUAUAUAUUGCUACACAUUGCCGCCUAAUAUUUUUGAACAAAAUGUUUUGACCAGAU